AGCAAUGACAUCUUCGAACAUUUUGAUGCUAAACGCACUGGGCGAAAAUACAUCCCCACACUUAUCUCCACCUACGAGACUCAUUUGCAGAAGUUAUAUAAGCUAGGAGCCAGAAAAUUUGGGAUAAUUAGUGUUGGGGCAAUCGGGUGCUGUCCGAUCCAACGUAAAUCGAAUAAAUCUGGGGACUGUAAGGAGGCCAUGAAUGUGGAUGCUCAGUUGUUCUAUUCUGCACUCCGAGGCCUCUUGCAAAAGUUGAGUUCUGAGUGCAAAGGGUUGAAGUAUGCACUUGCGGAUGCAUACAAACUGACCAGACUUAUUAUUGACCACCCCGAGAGACCUGUUUUUAAAGAGAUGAAAAGAGCUUGCUGUGGAAACGGAACGUUAAACGCAGACGAGCCGUGUAAAAAGGAUUCAGUUGUGUGUGGAGAUCGCAACACCUACUUGUUUUGGGACCAAUACCAUCCAACCCAGCAGGCUUCUUAUCUCGCAGCCUAUAGUCUUUACCAUGGCUCCCCACCUUACGUGGAGCCGAUGAGUUUUGGAAACUUGGCCCUUCUGCCGUGA